AUGUUACUGCCGCUGCUAGCUGCUGGAUUCUUCACAAGCCAGUUCGCCUACGUCGAAAUGGUAACAGCGAAAUUUUUUGUUAAUUCGGCUAAAUUCGCUGCGAAAGCGCUCCGUGGUGCUCUGAUGAUGAAAGGUGCCUCCCAAAGCUAUGCAUUGUCGGACGGCGAUUUGGUUGAUGAGAUGGAGCUGGAGGAAAACGAACUCGUGAAGCAAUUUGCAUUACUGCCAGAAUUUGGAAGAAUAUCGAAAGAGAGCAUCUUCGAGCAAGGGGAAACUAGAGAUUUCCUGCAAUUUUUGCGCAACAUCCAGUACGAUCACCGGCAACUACCUGAAAACGAUAAUGGAGAAGCCGUUGAUAUCCAUAUUUCGAUCGUCAUCAGCAACAUCCGUGCUGUCUCUGAAGUGAACAUGGUAUGUCAAAAUCAAUUACCACCUAGAAAUAGUACUUUUAAAUCAUGCAGUCUGAAGGCUUAG